AUGGCCGGUUCCAUCUUACCCCAUAGUUUCUUCAUACUGACUCUAGUCGGUCUCUGGCGGCCGCUCGAAUGGCGCGGCUGGAAAUUUCUUCUCUACAAUUUAUACAGUUGCUUUGUAGUCCUGACAAAUUUUACAUUCACACUUACCGAAUUUCUAGACCUAGUUUUAGUGAGCUCCACUGUCAAUGAAUUCACUAGCAAUUUAUCAAUGAUGCUGGCGAUGGUCGCUGCCUGCGGGAAAAUAGUCGGUGUUCUUUAUAAUAGAAGACAAAUUAUCAGAGCUUUGGAAAACUUGCAAGAAAAACCUUUUAAACCUCGUGAUCAGAAAGAAGAAAUGAUUCUUCAGAAAUUCGCAGAUACUAGCAGUUUUAUAACCCGUUCCUAUUGGAUAUUUUUGACAGUAGGAGUCACAGGAAUUUCAUUGACCGGAAUAAUGGAAGCGAAAUUACCUGAUGUGCUGCCUUACAGAGGGUGGUUGCCUUUUAACUAUUCCCAGCCAAGCAUCUACUUACUGACCGCGAGUCAACAGGUGGUAACAUUCUUCAUCGGAUGCUACGUUGACGUCGGCUUUGACACUUUGUUUCCCGGAAUGAUGCUCUAUGUUUCUGCCCAAAUAAGUAUUCUAGAGUACCGCUUCAAGAAUGCUGUAAAAAUUCUUCAUGAAUUGGAAAUGAAAAAUUCUGGCUCUGAACUAAUGAAAAAUUCAGAAAAAGUUCUCAUUGGUGACUGGGUUGAGUGUCACAAUUCUGUACUCAGAUUACAUCUACGGAAUAUUCGCAACGCCUGUUUUCAUCCAAUAUUGCCUAAGCUCAGUGAUAUUAUGCGCAACUGUCUACAGUCUUUCAACCAUCCCAACAUUUACCUUCGAAUUUAUAAGCUGCAUUGUUUACAUAAUCACCACAGUGCUCCAAAUAUUUUUGGUCUGCAUGUCGGCGCAUCAGGUGACACUUCAAAUCUGAACGACGCUAUUUACAGUACUGACUGGUUCAAGUUGAGCAAUAGCGCUCAAAAAUCGAUGAUUAUUGUCGCUUUAAAAACUUUCAGACCAGUUAUUUUUAUGUCUUGCGGUAUUAUUACUUUAUCACUUGAGUCGUUUAAAAGUGUAAUUAAACUGUCUUACUCCAUUUACAACGUUCUUCAACAAUCU